AUGACUCUCCGCCUAGAACAUUCCGCCACACAUUCGCAGCCACCCCAGACAGCCUACCACAAGGUUUACCCUGCACCCUCCGCCUGGCCACCGAUUUCCUACCCGAACAUCAUCUUCUACUCGCACUCCCGAAUAGCCAAAGCCGCCAACAAUCGCUUGAGGAGGACAAGUACAAAAGACACUCAAGCGCGCAAGGUCUUGCUGAAAAAGCAGACUCAACUUCGAAGGCGCGCUAAAGAGGUGAGGAGAGCCCGCAAAGUUUUCGACGAAAUCAACAACAUCUACACACCGAAGGCGUACCAGGCCAAGAUGCUGUCCACAGCCGCUGCGGCGGACCCCGGUCCUUUCAAGGAGGACCUUAGCAAUCAGUUGCUCUGCCCCGACUGCAAGACGUUCCCGCCCGAUUUGGUCGAGGAGUACAGCAGCGGAGAUAUGAAUGGCGAUGAUCCGAGCCGUGUAGGUGGAACGAUGGAUGAGUUCUCGGACGUACAGCAGCUCUCGACAUCGGUCGCUUUCUCCGAGAGCAAAGCCCACAAGGCCCUUGCCCGCAACCAGAACAACGCUUCCAAUGAUAAGGGGUCAAAGAGCCUGCAGGAAGGGUAUCGCGCCAUUGUCAGCUACUGUGAAGCGUUUCAUGCUGGCACGAACAUCCAGAAUGCGGCCAAGCACGUCUUCAAGCUCGUCGAGAAGGAGAAGGGCUUCAAAGGCAAGCCGCAAGAGGUUCUCGUCGCUGGUGCCAUCCAAGUCGCCUUCCGUCAGAAUAACGCCACGCGCUCGUUCAAAGAAAUUUACGAUUUGACUGGUGUUCCGAAGAAGGACGCAGGAAUAAUGUUCAAGAAAAUCACAGCGUUUGUCAAGAAGGUCAAGGCCGAGGGUCGCACGGGUGUCGGCUUGGACAACGUGGCCAAUUUUGAAAGCCGCACCACGUCGGCUGGUGAGUACUGUGCUCGAUUCACAAGCCGACUGGGCUUCAAGCAGACCAAUUUGAUUGCGAAGCUUGCCAAGUCGAUUGCCGAACAGAGUCAGAACAGCGUCCACAUCGGCGGCCGGUCGCCACUCUCGAUUGCCGCUGCCUGCAUCUACAUGGCUUGUCAUGCUGUGGGCGAACCAAAGUCAUCCGCCGCCAUUGCUGAAAAGUGUGGCGUCAGUGACGGCACGAUCAAAACAACCUACAAGUUCCUGUAUGCCAUGCGAGACCAGAUCAUCCAGCCGGAAUGGGUGUCGCAAGGGGCUCGGGUGGACAGGGUUCCUGGCAUCCACAACUAG